AUGACGGCGACCUUCUUCGCGGCGGGACAAACCGUCGACCUCAACGCUGUCGGCGCCUACCUCAACUACGUCGUGGGCGCCUUCAUGAUCGUGCUGGGGACUUGGACACCAGUGAACGUCCGCAAAAAAUAUCUCCAGAAGGUGAAGGAGCUGGACGAGUUGCCCACCUCGCCCAGCGUGAUGAAAUCGCCCGACUAUCGGUCCCCCGUGACUCGCUCGCCCGCCUCGUCCUUCCACCUCUUCAUCCAAAGCAACGGCAACCACGACCACACGCACCAUGUGAACCGACUGUCGGUGGUUGAGUCCGUGGACUUGGAGCCGGGCAAGCCUGACAAGACACGAACCAAGUGCUGCAGCAACCUGAGCUUCGAGAACCCGUGGGUCCAAAAGAUCACGGCUCUGGCGGUCGGUGUCAUCCACGGAAUCGCUGGUCCGGGCGGCAUCCUGGGCGUGCUGCCCGCCGUGGUACUCAACAACUGGCUCAAAUCGACCGCCUACCUCGGGUCCUUCUGCAUCGCGUCUAUCGUCACAAUGGGAGGCUUCGCUGCACUGUACGGGGAAGUGACCGGUCGACUCGGGGGCAGUUCACUCGCGAUGGACCUGCGCGUCGGCCUCGUUUCAGCCUCCUUCUCCUUCGCCGUGGGCAUCGCCUGGAUCGUUUUCCAGGCCACAGGCCUCAUGAGCGGCAUCUUUGGCGAGUAA